CCUGCAGUGAGCGAGCUUCAGGUUGGCCAGGCAAGCAACCGAAAGCUGUCCAAUUGAGCACAACCCGCUAUGGAACUUCAACACUGAAGACAAUCAUCACCCAUUGAUUCUUUACAGCUUUCGGUCUGCUUUUGCCACUGUCGUCCGCAUCGACGCCAAUCCGAACUGUACAAUCGCCGGCACAUGGAUUCGUCACUGCAUGAGGUCUGGCAGGCGGCAGCUGGCUCGCCCUUCGUCCCCACCGUCGGAAAGGGCAGCCAAUUCCUGGUCGCCUUCGUGCUGCUGCUCAUCGGCUUCUCUCUCAGCGGCGCAUUCGCGCUCAGUAUGCCAUACCUAUGCCAUUCCAACGUUAUCCAGCUCGUCUUGCUAACGAUGCGAUUCCCAGAUCGAUCCCUUGUGAACCUGCCCAUCCUCGCCGUACCGGCAUCGCUGGCUCUUGCGGUUGGGGUGGUUUACAUGUUCUGUGCGGUCGGAGUCUACGUCUAAAGAUACCCCAAGCGUCU